UCCACUUCGAAAGGUCACAAUUGCAGCGAGCCCGACCGUUUGCAACUUUUCCAAGAUACCUACCUUGAGCGGUAUCUCCGCUGCGCUGUACUCUACUCUCGAGCUGCUACGAAAUGGCUGGGUACGCGAGACCGAUCAGCUUCUCUGAGCGAAGGGGCAGUGUACUAGGCGAUGACUUGACUCUGAAAACUAGCCAUGGGCCUGUGAUCAACCAGAGAAUGGAUAAGAUGGUUCAACCCAGACCAAGGGGACCUCCUACCCCGAGCAUGAGUACGCCAGCGCCGGACUUCGACCAGCAACUGACGGGGUCACCUCCGCCUCCACCGACGCCAGCGGCAUCGCCUGGCCCAACACACGCACAGCCUGACUGGAGUGAUGCAGCCGAAGAUGAAGAUUUCUUCCUGGCUCACGUCCGUCAGCACUUUCAGAAUUGCUCCAGCCCUCAGAGGAACCGACUUCUGGCCGACCUGCUCAACAUGUGCACAACCCAACAACUGAGCUUCGUCCAUCAGUUUGUCAGUCCGUUACUGAAGAAGGACCCCUUCACAAGUCUCCCUGACGAAUUGUGCCUGCGAAUCCUGUCCUUUAUCGACGACCCGCAGGUCCUUGCACGCGCUUCGCAAGUAUCUCGCAGGUGGCGAGAUCUUCUGAGCGACGACGUGACGUGGAAGAACCUCUGUGUCAAGCACGAUUACGGACGGAGGUUGUCCGAAGUUUCUUAUGGCGUCCCUUCAUAUGCACCAAGACGUCCAAGCGCAGUCCCCCUUUCCGAUCCCGAGUUCGUCAAUCACAGCUUUCCUGGCGCUGUCCCUACGGCACUUGCUGGAGUCCCGUCCCAUCAACCAUCACACAGUUUCGAGGGACUACGUAGUACGGCAUCAUCUCCGCGCCCAAAACUACGGUCUUACAAGUCGCAUUUCAAGCAGCGUUAUUUGGUUGAAUCGGCGUGGAGAACCGGCGGACGCAAUACCACAAGGACCAUAACCCAGGAUAACCGAGUCGUGACUAGUCUUCAUUUGACUCCCAAGUACAUUGUUGUGGCUUUGGAUAAUGCUCGUAUCCACAUAUUUGACCGGGAAGGCAAUGCGCUGCGGACGCUGUCCGGUCAUGUUAUGGGUGUAUGGGCUAUGGUUCCAUGGGAAGAUACCCUGGUCAGUGGCGGCUGUGACCGAGACGUUCGAGUUUGGGACAUGACCACUGGUACAUGUAUGCAUACCCUGCGUGGACACACAUCCACUGUCCGGUGCCUCAAGAUGUCCGACUCCAGCACAGCCAUCUCAGGCUCGCGGGAUACUACCCUGCGAAUUUGGGAUAUCAGGCAAGGCGUGUGUCGGAACGUGCUUGUUGGUCAUCAAGCCAGCGUAAGAUGCCUCGAGAUAAAGGGCGACAUUGUCGUUUCUGGCAGUUAUGACGCCACGGCUAAAAUAUGGAGCAUUUCCGAGGGCCGGUGCUUGCACACACUGAGUGGUCACUUCAGUCAGAUCUAUGCUAUCGCAUUCGACGGUCAUAGAGUGAUCACUGGCAGUCUCGACACCAGCGUGCGUGUCUGGGACGCUCACACGGGAGAGGCUAUCGCAGUCCUUCAGGGGCAUACCUCGCUUGUCGGUCAAUUGCAGCUCCGAGGUAACACUCUUGUCACAGGUGGCUCAGACGGCUCGGUCAGGGUCUGGUCGUUGGAAAAGAUGUGCCCCAUCCACCGCUUGGCUGCACACGAUAACAGCGUUACGAGCCUGCAAUUCGACGAUACCCGCGUCGUCAGUGGAGGAAGCGAUGGCCGAGUGAAGGUUUGGGACGUCAAGACGGGCCAUCUUGUGAGGGAGCUUAUCGCCGCAGAGUCGGUUUGGCGAGUGGUUUUCGAGGAUGAGAAAUGCGUAGCUGUUGCCAACCGCGGCAGCCGUGUGAUGAUGGAGGUCUGGUCAUUCUCACCACCAGAAGAUGCCUACGAGAGGCCGAUGUCACUAACGCAAAGAAUCGGCGCGGAGGCGCCAAUCCGACCCCAGAAUGUGGUAGACUAUCGGCGGUCUACACUUGGUCUACCAGCUUCAGCCAGUCCCGUCGAGGAUCUCGGGAGCCAGGACGUGCAUAUGAGCGACGCUGGCCCUUCGACUGCACCCUCGGGAAAUACGACCUUCUUCCAUGACGAUUAGGAGGCUGCGGUGAGGCA